GAUUUCUGCAGUUCCCCGGGCCUGCGGGGCUCACCCGGCUGCUCGCACCCCCGGAGUCGGUGGUGGCCGUGGGUUCUGCUCCUGGGGCGGUCCGGGGAGCCGCUGAACGCGGUGACGGGACAGGUGCCCGCCCGGGCCGGGAGCGCGCCCUCCGCGGCGGGAGGGACGGGCGUGCGUGCAGGCGAGGCCGCGCCCCGGCUGCACCGCAGCGUCUCCCCUGGGGCCGUGAUGUAGGCCGGGGAAGGGGGAGUCCGGGGGGAGAGGCCCCUUUCUUUCUUCCUCUAUGGGGGCACUGGGUUCCCCUCUGCACAUACUGAGUCAGGGGUGCAGGGUUCCUGUGGAGACCCCCCACCCCACCCCGCCCGGGCUUCCUCUGGGGUCCCGCGAGCGACCAGGUGGCUGAGGCGGAGCCACUUGCAGGGAUGACCACUUGCUGCCUCAGUGUCCUUUUCGCGUACACUGGAGGCGAAGCGGCCUCCGGCCUCCCUCCGAGGCAGCCCCAGGGCCGGGCGCGUCGUGAGAGCACGCGAGGUGACAGUAGCAUGUGACCGCGCCAGGAGAAAGCGUACAAAGGCAGUGGGCUACUCUGCGAACGUGGGGACCCGCGGCCCUCUGACAGAGGUCUCGUGGGCCGGGGUUCUUGCCACGGUCUGCCUCCCGCCUUCCUCCGCCCACUCUGAUCCUGGACCACCCUCGAGCCCGACGGCCGAUCUGAACGUGGUGGACGGGGGCCAAGAAAUCGCUGGAAGCGUCACCGCCGCGCUCUCGGCGAUAUUAUGAGGCCCCGCCGUGCAGGUUUGCAGAGAGAACUCUGAGCGCCCCGGAAGAGUCGCGGGCUGCUGCCGUGUCCCUCUGGAACGCCCCGCCGUCGUAGCUGCCUGCCCGCCCGGGCUUGGUGCGCCGCCGACGCGUUCGUGCUGUGCCAAAAUCGUUCUCAGAUGCAGGGCAGGUGCUUGUCAGGAACUUCGAAGGGCAGAGGACCAGGCACCCCGGUGUAUUUAUUCAUGAGACCGAGAGAUCCCGUUUCUGUAGAGGCAGCUCCAGGGCCUAAUACUCUUCCAUCCUGGUUUGAAGGGCCUCAGACUGGGAACGCAGGGGUUCGAACCUUUGUUCUGCUCGUUACUAGCCUUUGCGUCCAAAGAUGACACCCAAACUUGGAACUUGAGCUUUCUCCCUAAAAUGGGAGGUGAUGGUAUGCGUAGUGUCGCUCUGCUGAGGAUCAGCUGUGGUCAUGAAGGUGAAAACGAGAGGCCGGCUCAGUACGGUGUCGUUGUUAAGAAAUUCACGCCGGUUCCCUAACCUGGGGAAGAGGUGUGUUGUGCUUGCAGAGUCAGGUCCCGGGUCAGAAGCGGAACUAGAGCAGCAAAUGAGACGACGGGUCCACCCUAGUGGAGCUCACGUUCCGGCGGGGCACCGGGCAGCAAAGAGCAAGGUCGUGAUGUUAUUUCCGACGGCGUCCCGAGUCUGGUGCUUGCCGUGGAGUGGACGUUAGGCAUGACUUUAUAUGCAGGACGUUGGCUGAGGUUUGGGGAGCUCAGAGAUGAAUAAAACAUAGCUCUCCUUCUGGAGGAGCAGAGUGCGAGGAAGGACCCGUGGGGAUAGAACUCGAGUGGACGGCGCGCACGCUGAGAAAGAGGAUCUGGUGAUAUUUGUCAUGAGUGGAAUUAUGUGGAACAAUGUGGAAACACAGGAACUUGAACCAUACAUACAAACAUAGGAUUAAAUUAAAAGGAUUUACCAUACAUCUUAUGACUCUUUACUGGAGCCUUGGGAGAUAGAUGACUCCUCCUGUCUUUGUGUUGGGAAGCUUUCAUCCAUAAAUUAUAAAGGUGAACUUCUAGGAGAAGUUCCCAGUAUUUGAGGUGAAAGAAGAGCUCCUAUCAAGGUACUCAGAUAAAGAUGAAUGUCAUGUCUCAACCAACACUGAAAAUGUGAAGUUUAGAAGACAUUUGCUAAGUCAAGUCACCUCAUCUCUUUUCUUCAUUACUCUGGGAAUUUCCACCAGCUUUCUCCCUUCCUGCGCUGUGGAUGAUAGCCUUCACCUCAUUUAUUUCCUGUCUCUCAAAGAUCAGUCUUCGUGACCUAAGGCAAAUUGUUAUUCAAGUCAAAGACAUCAUAAUGCAGAGUGCUUUAUCAGUACCACCAAAAGAUCAAGGAGGUGUUUCCCUGCUCACCAGCCCUGUUGAGAAACAGCUGACUCAGAAGAAGUCGGAAUCUCCUGGAAAGACAGCAUGCACAGGUGAAUCAAGCAGCCCUCCUGGAACGAUUCAGGGUGGGAAGGGUCUGCAGAGUAAGAGUCAGUUUAGAACCAUCGCUCCAAAACUUGCGCCCCAAGUCCUGGCGCCCAGAGUGCUCCCGGGCCCGGCGCCCUCCCUCUCUGACCACGUGCAUCCAGGCCCCUCCCUCGGCUCGAAGGCCCUGGGGAUGCCCCCCCAGAAUUACGCGCUGAUGCAGGUGGCCGGCCAGGAAGGGACCUUCUCCCUUGUCGCUCUGCCGCACGUCGCCUCGGCUCAGCCACUCCAGAAACCCAGACUGCCUCUGCCCAAGAACCUGAAGCUGCCCAUCCCCCGGUACCAACGCCCAGGACAUAGCAAAGGAGCCAGAAAGAAACCGGGGUUCAGCUCCUCCGACAGGGGCUGUAGCCAAGCUCCCGCCCAAACCCAAGCGGCCCCUCGCCUGCCUGAGCAUCCCGAGGCCCCGCACAAGCCCAGCCCACCCGAGCCGGCGCCGGCACCCGGCCAGGCCCCGGCCUCGCUGACCAGUGGGGGUGGCCAUGGAGACCCUGGGCCCCCAGGGACCAGCGACCACGGAGGUCGGGACCCGCCUUCCGCCCCAGCGCUGUCCACACCGGAGGAGCCCUCCGCCGAGCGGGGCCUCCCGAAGAGGUCAGGGAGAGAAGGCGUUGCAGGCAAGAAGCCCUCCAGGAAGCCUGCUGUCGCCAGGGGAGAACUCGGAGAACAGGUCGACCCUGCCAGAGCCGCGACCCAUUUGCCGCCAGGCGUUACUGGAAACGCGGUUCAGGUGGUCCCUUCCAUCCCCAGAGGUAAAGUGCCCAUCCUGCCCUACUCAAGAAUGAGGGCGUCGCAGGUUUACAAAGGCGGAGCGGCUGUGAACGUUGCGGAUGUUUCUCUCCCUGGGCGCGGGGCAGCCGGUGAUAAGACCUCGUCCAUCCCGGAGGGCUUCUGUGCGGCCCCCCAGGUGGCCGACAGGGGACCUGCCCCACAGGCGUCGAGGCAGAGCCCCUGCGACAGGGCCUGCUGUCCGGCCACCAAAGCCGACCGCAACCACAAAGCAAAACCGAACGGCGGGGCAGCCGAGAGAAGAGGAAGAAAACGGAAGGUCCCGGAUGAACGUCUGACAUUUCAGGGUAAAAGGAGGAAAUGUGUCAUUAAUAAGUGUAAAGAUGGCAAAGAAAGAGCCAGAGCCGAUCCCCAGGAAUCCAGGGACCAAAAACCUGGGGCUGUGAAAAAAUACCGUAGCAUCAUGCCCAAACCUGUCCUGGUCCUGCCGGCCCUGGCUCCCCUGGCCUCGCCCGCGGCCACGUUACAGCCCCCCGCGCCCGGCAGCCGGGGGCACGCGUCGUUCAGUCACGCCCUCGCUGCCCCCAAGCAUCCGGGCUGCAGGCAGGACGACGGCCCCUCCCCGAAGCCCGGCUCGGCCUUCAGAAAUGGGUUCUCCGGCCUCAAGAAGCCUUGGCACGGGUGCCACGUGUGCGAGCACGCCUUCCAGCCCAAGCAGCACCUCCGCGAGCGCGCCAACACGCACAGCGACAGCCGGCCCUACAGCUGCCGGCUCUGCCGCAAAGCCUACGUGCGGCCGGGCAGCCUGAGCGCACACGUGCGGCUGCAUCACGGCGACUCCCGGCCCAGGAGGCUCGUGUGCUGCGAAUUCUGCGCAAAGGUGUUCGGCCACGUCAGAGUCUACUUCGGCCACCUGAAAGAGGUGCACGGGGUGGCCGUCAGCACCGAGCCCUCCCCCUGUGAGCCGCAGCCGGAGCCGCAGCCGGGGGACCUGCUGAGGACCAGGGAGCAGACUGCCCGAGGGAUGGAGGGACAGGCGGACAGGGAGACCAAGUCCAGCCCGGAAGAAGACCUCCUUCUAAACCAGGCUGAUGAGGUCAAAUUCCAGAUCAGAUGUGGCCGCUGUCAGAUCACUGCCCAGGCUUUUGCUGAAAUCAAGUUCCACCUGCUUUACGUUCAUGGAGAGGAGAUCCAGGGCCAGGUGCAAGAGGAGCUCUCACCCUCCCCGGGCAGCAGGGGAGCUCAGGGAGAACUGGUUCAGCAGGCUGCUCCUUUCUGGAAACAUCCUGAGAGAAGAAAGCAGCUUAAGCACCGUCCCUUGGACGGGGAACUCUGUGCAGUCCCCAGACUGAAAAAGCAACUCUACCUCCGUCAUCAGAAUGAUGUGGAGAUACUUGCAAAACACGAAGGAGCCCAGCCAGGACCCAGUGAGCCCGGAGGACACCCCCAGGGCCCCGAGGGUCCCGGCCCCGACGCUGCCCUCUCCCCGCCCCGGCCUGGCUUUCACUGCGUGCUUUGUGCACAGACGCUGGUAAGGAAGGAAGAGCUGCUUCUGCAUUGGGAAGAGCGGCACAAGUGCGACGACCCUCCGAGACUCUGGACGGUCCUCAGCGCGCUCUCCAGCCAGGGAGUCGUCGAACCUUCCAGCGAGACCGGGAAAUGAGACAGGAAGCCGAGGGGUAAGGGGAGGUUUCCUCUCCUCUUCCUCUGUUCCGUGGUGGUGCGCUUAAUACCAAAAAUCAGACAGGUUAGGAUCAGCGUUAAUGAGCAGCGUGAGUUUCGUACACAGUUUUAUUUUAUUAUGAAAUAUAUACGUACAUAUGCCCCUGAUGCAUAUUUUUCUAACAUAACGUAGUUUUAUUUUAAAAUUCUAUGUCCUGUUAGUAUCUGAGACUUUAUUUCAGAUUCAAUAAAAAGAUAAAUUUGCAGAUUGAAAUGUAGAGUAUUAUAGGCUAUUCUUCAAGUACAGUUUUUAGUAAAAACACGUGUGUUUGAGUUA